AUGAGGAAUCUUCCUCAUGGCCACAUCAUCAUAUGUGUCAGUGGAGACCGUGGCCAAGGGUUGAUACCGCUGCAGCAAGACCAUGAGCUGGACAGUGUUGAUACGGUCUUUAACGAACCGGACCAAGCAGUUAAGAAUGCAGGGGCCUUUAGUCAGGAGGAGGAAUCAGAGUCAGCUUCUUGCCGUCCCCGGUGUCCCUAUAAUGCCGAUUGCAUCAAUGGGACUCAAUGCACCUGUAAGGAUGGAUUUGCUUCUGUGAGUCAGAAGAAAUACUUCAAUGACCCUUUGGAGAUCUGUGAAGAUAUUAAUGAGAAUGCAGCACCCAUUUUUGUCUAUUGUGGCAUAAUUUCUGAUUGCAUGAAUACUGAGGGAAAUUACCACUGCACAUGCAUCUCUGGGUAUGAGCUGCCUUCUGGGAUUAAAACAUUUCUAAUAGCCAGUAUAAAUAACUGCCAAGAUAUUAAUGAGUGUGCUCCACCCAUUUCUAUGAGCUGUGGUUUAAAGGCUGAUUGCGUGAACACUGAGGGAAGUCACCACUGCACAUGCAUCUCUGGGUAUGAGCUGCCUUCUGGGAAUACAACAUUCCCAAAUGUCAGUUUAAAUACAUGCCAAGAAGCCUCCUUUCCAAACUCAGUCCCAACAUCUGGAAAUAAUCCCACGGAGAAGAAUUCUUUGUACCACCUUGAAUCAUUAAUCCACACUAAUGCCUUUUGGACUGCUAAGAACAAGACAACAAUUGGAACUGAAGUCACGAAAUUAUUACUGGACCUAGAACAGGCUGCCCUGAAAUAUGUUGUCCCUUCUCCUAAUGAGGAUAUCCUUAUGGUAGAUAACCAGUCUUUUCUAGCUAUUAAAACACAAGUUAUCAGCAACUGCUCCCUGAAAAAUGACAACUUUAAACUGGAAGCUCAGAAUAACUCAGUGGACAUUUUCUGCAUGGAUAUCAUCGGCUCAGAAAUCCAAGAUUCAAGAACAGUUGCUUUCCUCUCCUAUAUUAAUCUCGGGACCAUUAUAAAUGCAUCCUUUUUUGAUGCAAAAGAUGGGGACAAGAAGAAUGGAAUCUACAUGAACUCCCAAGUAGUCAGCAUUGCUAUAGGACCUCCAAAAUCUGAAUCCUCUCCUCUUUCUGUUCUUCUGAAGUUCCAGCAUAUUAAGAAAAAGAACGCAGAAGAUGCAUCUCUCUGUGUCUACUGGCAAGCAAGGGAGAGAGAGGAGGGCAGUGUCUGGUCCACAAAUGGCUGCAAACUCACUGAGACCAAUGAAACACACACCAGCUGCAACUGCUCCCAUUUGUCUUCUUUUGCUGUCCUGAUGGCUCCCAUUCCACAGGAAGAAGACUCUGUUCUAACCAUGAUCACUUAUGUGGGACUGAGCCUCUCUCUGCUGUGUCUCUUUCUGGCGGCCCUCACCUUCCUCCUCUGCAACACCAUUCAGAAUACCAGCACCUCCCUCCACCUGCAGCUCUCCCUGUGCCUCUUCUUGGCUGAUCUCAUCUUCAUCACAGGAAUUAAACAAACCAAGAACAAGGUCCUGUGUUCCAUCAUUGCAGGCUUAUUACAUUAUUUCUACCUGGCCUCUUUCACCUGGAUGCUGCUGGAAGGCCUGCAUCUAUUUCUCACUGCCCGGAACCUGAUGGUUGUCAAUUACACCAGGAUGACCCAAUCCCUGAGGAAGGUCAUGUAUCCUCUGGGCUAUGGAAUUCCAGCUGUGAUUGUGUCUAUUUCUGCAGGAUCAAGAGCAUCUCUUUAUGGAACGUCUUCCCGCUGCUGGCUCAAUCCAGAGAAGAGAUUUCUCUGGGCUUUCCUUGGUCCAGUCUGUACCAUAUGCUGUGUAAACUUAGUUCUUAUUCUUAUGAUCCUUUGGAUUUUACAAAACAAACUUUCCUCCCUCAGCAAUGAGGUGUCCACUCUUCAGAACACAAGGUUGCUGACAUUUAAAGCCAUGGCUCAGUUGUGCAUAUUGGGCUGCACCUGGUGUCUGGGCAUUCUGCAGAUUGGCUCAGCUACAUGGAUCAUGGCUUAUCUCUUCACUAUCAUCAACAGCCUCCAAGGAGUCUUUAUCUUUCUGGUGUACUGCCUCCUCAACCAUCAGGUUCGGGAACAGUACAAAAAAUGGUUCAUGACAAUCAGGCAAGCAAAAUAUAAAUCUGAAUCUCUCACGCUCUCAAGCAAGUUUGGCACUGGCUCCACCCAGACCCACACAGUAAGAAAAUCCCCCACCCUUUGAAUGUUGUUUUUGUUAUUAAUUCAUUUCAGUUGUGUCUGAUUCUUCAGGACCCUAUU